AUGGCUACAUUGCCCUCCUGCGUCCUUAGAAGAGCAACGGUUAGCCGUGAGAUCCAUACAGAGUCUGUCGAUACAUCUCCAGGGCAGCUGUAUCUGCAGCGGCAGGACCAAUACCAACCAGAAGAGCAACAAGGGCAUCAAGAGCACCGGAAAGAGCAGGAGGAGCAGGAAGAACAAGAAGAGCAGAACCGACAGGAACAGCAGCAGUGGGAGGCCACACAGACGCUGUGCGGGCCAUUGGCUGAUCUUCACGGCGACUUGAUUGCUUCUCCUAGCCCUCAAGCUUCGAAUAUGCCGUCAACAACUGUUACAGCACCUGCUCUGAUAUUGCCAAACUUUGGACUCCCUACCGCUGAGGCUGAAAUUCUGGAACCACAAACGGACAACACUUCUGCAAGACAUCUUCCACGGGAUCAACCCCUUAUAGACGACUACGAAGCGGACACCAACCACCAAGGAGGAGCAGAUGACAUCAAAGAAGACUGGCACCUGUCCGGGCAGGGGUAG